AUGUCUUUUUCCGAUUUCUCUAAGGUCGAAUCCCUCAAGUCUUUGAACGACUUCUUGGCUGACAAGUCCUACAUCGACGGCACCGCCGCUACCUCGGCUGAUGUCACCGUCUACAAGGCUUUCCAGAAGGAGUACCCUCAGUUUGCCAGAUGGUUCAACCACAUUGCCUCUUUCACUGAGGAGUUCGAGUCCUUGCCUGCUGGUAAGGCUCCAGCUGGUUCCGCUUCUGCUGGUGCCGCUGACGAGGACGACGACGAUGUCGACUUGUUCGGCUCUGACGACGAGGAGGUCGACGAGGAGGCCGAGAAGUUGAAGCAGGAGAGAUUGGCCCAGUACGCUGCCAAGAAGGCCGCCAAGGGUCCUAAGCCAGCUGCUAAGUCUAUUGUCACCUUGGACGUUAAGCCAUGGGAUGACGAGACUGACUUGGACGAGUUGUUGGCCAACGUCAAGGCUGUCGAGAUUGACGGUUUGACCUGGGGUGCUCACCAGUGGAUCGCUGUUGGUUUCGGUAUCAAGAAGUUGCAGAUCAACUUGGUCAUUGAGGACGAGAAGGUUUCCUUGGACGACUUGCAGGCUUCCAUCGAGGAGGACGAGGACCACGUCCAGUCCACCGAUGUUGCUGCUAUGCAGAAGUUGUAA